AUGCGUCUUUUGGAGAUUGACGGUGCUGGUGGAGUCAGAUUAACAGGGGAGUGGAUUGCGCCAAACAUUCCUCCAUAUGCCGCCUUGUCGCACACAUGGGGUAGAGCUACGGACGAGGUCAGCUUUGCGGAUAUGGGGGCAGGCCGUGGCACUAAUAAGCCUGGUUAUGAGAAAAUCAGAUUCUGCGCGAAGCAAGCCUUUGCUGACGGCUUGCGAUACUGCUGGGUCGAUACGUGUUGCAUUGACAAGUCGAACAGUACCGAGCUAGCGGAAGCCAUCAACUCCAUGUUUCUCUGGUACCAGCAUGCCAGCAGAUGCUAUGUCUAUCUUGCUGAUGUCUCGAUACCAGCGCUACGACCCAACCACAUAUAUAACGCAAAGUUUCUCGAAGAUUCUCUACGACUUAGCAGAUGGUUUACCCGGGGUUGGACUCUACAGGAGCUGGUGGCACCUAUCUCGGUUGAGUUCUUCUCUAAAGAAAGCCAACGUCUGGGAAGCAAGCUAGAAUUGGAGCAUUGUGUUGCCAAGAUAACCGGUAUCCCUUUCAUGGCUCUUCGAAACCUGCCACUUUCCGAAUUUACCAUUGAUGAGCGCAUGCAGUGGGCGCAGAGUAGGGUGACUACACGCCCUGAAGACGCAGCUUACUCAUUGAUGGGUAUUUUUGAUGUAUAUAUGGCCCUUCUCUAUGGCGAAGGAAGGGACAAUGCUUUUAAGAGACUCAGAGAAGAAAUUGAAAAAGCACACAAAGGUACGCAUGCUUAA